GCUGCGGAUUUUUCAGAACUGCUUGCGGAACACAAGCUCACUUAGCUGCUGAUCUUCCAGAGUCUAGACCGCACAGCCAUACUGGUUCUCUCAAUUAUCUUCCCUCGAUUCACCGGCGACGCCGUGUUUCCGCCUCAAGCCUGAGCAGCGCAGCCGCACUUGAUGAGUGUUCGACCUAGAUAGAAUCAUAUUGGAAACUUGCAAUUCUCCAUACUUUUCCCUCUAGCGUUUGAGAAGCUGUCUUCAACCGCUCCUUGUUAAAAUUUAUCUGCACUGUUUGAGGAGGUUUGUGGUUUGAGAUUUUAUUGACGUCCGUUGGCUUAGGAGGAAUAAGUUUUUAAGUUUCUGGACAAGCUUUAAUGUAUAGAAGCAGCAAUCUUGCGGCAAGGGUUUUCGAGCGUCAAAUUCGCACUCCUGCUCCUGGCACUAGUGUUCAUUAUGCUCGGCGGUUGUAUGAAAAUUUGGUACCAAGUUACACGUUAUAUGAGGUUGAAUGCCCAGACCAUUCAUUUCGCAAAUUUACUGAUGAUGGUCAAUACCUCAUAAGUUUCAGCAGAAAUCAUCAAGAGUUGAUUGUUUAUAGAACUAGAUGGCUUUCUUAUUCAUGCAAAGAUGAAGAUUGUGAUAAUCACGACUUGCCUCCAGAUGCAAAGAGAUUUGAGAGUUUUUUUACCCAGUUAUAUUGUGUACCACUUGCUUCUUGCAAUGAACUUAUUUGUAAAGAUUUCUUUCUUUACAUGGAGAAUAAUCAAUUUGGUCUAUUUGCUACCUCUACGGCACAAAUUCAUGAUGCACCUGCUGUUGGAGGAGCUGUCCAGGGUGUUCCUUCAAUAGAAAAGAUAACUUUUCACCUCUUAAGAUUGGAAGAUGGAGUUAUCCUGGAUGAGAAGGUCUUCUGUAAUGAUUUUGUUAAUUUGACCCAUAAUAUGGGUGUCUUCUUGUAUGAUGACCUAUUGGCCAUUGUAUCACUUCGCUAUCAAACAAUACACAUUCUUCAAAUCAGGGAUUCUGGGCACCUUGUUGAUGUACGUGCUAUUGGGGCGUUCUGCCGUGAAGAUGAUGAACUUUUUCUCAAUUCAAGUUCUCAGGGCACGUCUUUAUCUGACAAAAGUAAGCAGCAGCCUGGAAACCACAGUGAAAAUAAUCAAGGCCAGCCUACUCCAGAGAAUCGUUUUCUGAGUGGUAUCAAACAGCGUUUGCUUUCAUUCAUAUUCCGGGGGAUCUGGAAUGAAGAAAGAGAUGACACCUUGAGGGUCCAAAGCCUGAAGAAGAAGUUUUACUUCCACUUUCAAGAUUAUGUGGACUUGAUUAUGUGGAAGGUGCAAUUCUUGGAUCGACACCACCUGCUAAUCAAGUUCGGUAGUGUAGAUGGAGGGCUUCAGGUGUCAAGAAAUGCUGAUCACCACCCAGCUUUCUUUGCUGUAUAUAACAUGGAAACAACUGAAAUUGUAUCAUUUUAUCAGAAUUCAGCAGACAAUCUUUAUGUGCUGUUUGAGCAGUUCUGUGAUCACUUCCAUGCAACAUCAAGAGAUUCUAUGUAUAUGAAUUUCAUAUCAUCUCACUCAAAUAACAUUCAUGCUUUGGAGCAAUUGCGGAUCAUAAAGGAUAAGGCAAGCAGCUCUUCGCAGUUUGUGAAGAAGAUGCUUUCCUCCUUGCCUUUCAGCUGUCAAUCACAGAGUCCUUCUCCUUAUUUUGACCAAUCUCUCUUCCGGUUUGAUGACAAGUUGAUUUCUGCAACUGAUCGGCAUAGGCAAUCAACAGACCACCCAAUCAAGUUCAUUCUAAGAAGGCAUCCGUAUUCUCUCAAAUUUAAGAUCAAACCAGGUCCUGAAGGUGGUAGUAUGGAUGGCCGAGCCAAGAAGAUCUCGUCAUUUCUGUUCCAUCCAUUUUUGCCCCUUGCUCUCUCUGUUCAACAGACUUUGUUCUUGCAGCCAUCAGUUGUAAAUAUUCACUUUCGAAGAUGAGGAUCACAGUUUUGAUUUACCCUACUACGCCGUAGACCAUUAUAGCUGAAUCGAGAGAUUGUAUAUUUAUUCGUUUACUUGGAAAUGUUAUGUUAUUCAAGCACUGCAAUUUUACGUGCUAAUGAUCUCUGCGAGCCCUCCAAGUCACUUCAUAACUUUCCUUUUCA